CAACGACAACAGAUACGUGUCCGAGCUAGCAUCUCCACGUCAGCACUCAGCACAUCAACACAUCUAUCACUGCACCAUUGUUUUUGUUGUUGCCAUACAUCGGCCCACCCUGCGACGAGCUCUUCUAGAUCACCUCACCCUCGGAAUCCAAUGCCACCAUCAAAGGGGCACGCGCAGCUGGGGCGGCCACUGCCCAAACUCUUCAUCUACACGUCGAUUCCCAUCGCCUUGACAUUGAUAGCACACCCGCUACUUCCGCUCUUUCUCCCGCAGGACUUCCUGAACAAGUUCCCGCUCCCCCCGCAGCCAACGUACCCCGCACUCCAGGCGAAUGUCGGCUUCGCGCUGCUCGCGUUCAUCGGUGCGGUCUUAUCAGUUCCUGAAGUCGGUGAGGCCUUCAUCGCCAAGGGCCUCAAAGGUUGGGAUCAGCUCAAGAAGGGUAGCAACAGGAAUACCGGGCCUUGGAUCCCAGAAUGCCUCGGCCUGCCGUGCGCGUCUCUCUACUUGCUCCUGAUGAUGCUCUUCAUUCCGUUCCCCUUCUCCCACAUCUUCCAGGGCACAAAUGGUAACGGGCCUGGACGUGAGGCAUUCCCCAAGGGAGAGCUCACGCUCUACCUGUCGUCUCUUCUCUCGCUCCUGACGGCCACGAUGCUCGGUUUCAUUGAUGAUCUGUUCGACAUUCGCUGGCGGCAUAAGCUCCCGAUCCCGCUCAUUGCCGCUGUGCCUACCCUGGUCGUCUACUACGCUGAGGGAGGCUGGACCUGGGUCGUGCUUCCUGAAAGCCUCGGAAAGCUGCUUUCGUAUCUGGGUUUCUCUGGAUGGGAGGGCACCAAGUCCAUUGAUCUGGGCUUCCUCUACUACGUUUACUUGGCUCUCCUCCCAACCUUUACGACCAACUCCAUCAACAUUGUCGCGGGAGUCAAUGGCGUCGAGGUCACGCAGGCCUUUAUCAUCGCCCUCUCAGUCGCCUUCAACGACCUUCUCUUCCUUCCCAUCUGGCCACGCUGGCUCCUGGUUCUCCUGGGAAACGUUGGAAACCCAGAUGAGGGACGAAUGCUGUCUUGGGCAGCCGGCGAGGUGGUUAAGCGUCAUCUGAUGAGCCUUUACUUUAUGGUGCCACUGAUCGGUGUCUGCGCUGGUUUCCUCUGGCACAACUGGUAUCCGGCUACUGCAUUCCCUGGCGACACGUUCUGCUACUUCACCGGCAUGGCAUUCGCAGCUGUCGCUAUCCAGGGCCACUUCUCCAAGACGAUGAUCUUGUUCUUCUUGCCCCAGAUCUUCAACUUCAUCUUGUCAUGCCCCCAGCUGUUUGGACUAGUCGAGUGCCCCCGUCAUAGGUUGCCACACUUCAAUCCCUCCACUGGCCUGCUCACGCCAUCUCGCGUCGUCUUUGACAAGGCGCCACCAUUCAAAACCCGGAUCACUCUGGAGAUCCUCGAGCUUUUCGGUUUGACAGAGAUUGAGCGGACGCCAGUCCACGAGGAGCCCUCCAAGUCUGGCGAGUCGAAACCCAAAUCGGGCGCCAAGAAGCCAACCAGGAUCGUCUCCGCGAGCAACCUGACGAUUCUCAACUACCUGCUGGUGGUUUUCGGGCCCAUGCACGAGCAGACCCUCUGCCUCGCGCUUGGAGCUGUCCAGGUGGCGUCGAGUGUGCUCGCCUUUGGGAUCCGGUACGGCGUGGGCUCGCUGGUGUACGGCGGAGACAGGAGAUAGUUAUGGUACAUUGCAUACAGUAGAGCCAUGCAAGGGCCAUCAGAUCAGA